UUUAGAGCGAUAUCCUCGAGCACAUUUCGCUCUAAAGUUAAGGCAAAACCAGACUCCCGGCUUUGUUUUCCUGAUUUAGUGUAGAAGAGGGAGAAGAGGCUUACCAGUCAAAAAUCCCCUCAUUGACAUUAUCUACCCUUCUUCUUCUUUCGCUUCCCCUUCUUUCUCUACGUAAACUUGUUCCCGUUUUAUCUUCAUACGCUUUUCUCCUCCCUGUAAAGUCUAACUUUCUCUCCUCUUUUAUCCGACCCACUUCAUCUUCUAUAAACCCUUUGAAAUAUUCAAUACAAUCGAAGGUUUUCGUGUCCUGGAUUUUGGUAUGUUGAAUUUUCGUGAUAAUAUUUGGGGUUCGUGGGGUUUUAGCGGUUCAGGUAAGGAACCGGAUAAAGGAAUUGGUUUGGGUUGUGAUUCAUGGAGUUUUAGCAGUUUAGACAAGGACUUAUUAGAUAAGAAGUCAGAGGAUAGUUUUGAUCAAGAACUGGGAGGCGCUAUGGAUGAGUUGGCUAUGCCUGCGUUCACGGCAAUCAUUCCAGAUUUUGAGACAGAUUUUGGAGAUAUAUGGGGGUGUGAGAGUGAGAAACACAAUGGAGAUAAAAAAUCCUUUUCUGGUCUCAAUUUGUUGAGGUUUCAACAAGGGAAGGGUAACUUGCAGUUUGAUGAAAUAUCGAUUCCAAUUAAUAGUUUUAGUCAAUUUGGGAUUGGUAAUAGGGUUUCUCAUGGUGACUCUGGUUGUAGUGUGAAUGUGAAUGAUGGGGUUGUUUGUAAUAAUCAGGCUAAUGAAGUUUGUUUUGAUUGUGGUGAAGGAGGUGUUCCCCAUGAUGCCUUAUUUUUUGCUCUGGGUUAUCUGGGAGUGAAGGACCUUCUUGCUGUUGAAAGAGUUUGUAGGUCUUUGCGUGAUGCGGUGAGAAGUGAUCCUCUGUUAUGGAGGAGUAUUCACAUCAAUCAACCGUUGUAUCCGAAGAUUGGUGACGAUGCUCUUUUGAAGUUAACUGGCAGGGCAGCUGGUACUCUUCAAUGCUUGAUUCUCGAGAACUGUAAUAAAAUCACGGAUAGUGGUUUGAAGCGUGUGCUUGAAAGCAAUCCAGGGCUGAAGAAGCUUUGUGUUCCAAAUUGUUUUAAACUCAGCAUUGAGGGUAUUUUGUCUAGUUUAAGAGCCUUCAUGUCUGCUGGCACCCCAGGAAUAAAGCACUUAAGAAUUGGUGGACAAAUGGGUAUAACAGAGAAACAGUUUGAAGAAUUCAAAUGCUUGCUUGGUGGAGAUGACAGUAUGCAGGUGAGAACCCAUAAACCAGAGUAUUUUGGAUUUGGAAAUUUGUAUCCUCCUUGUGAUGAUGAUCGUGCCUUAGACAUUGAGACAUGUCCUAAAUGCCAAAAACCGGGGCUAGUUUAUGACUGCCCAAGAGAUAUUUGCCAGGCAAAAGAUCAUCUCCCUCAACUUUGUAGGGGUUGCAGGCUUUGCAUAGCACGCUGUUUUUGUUGUGGGUGUUGUCUGGGGGACUUUGAUUAUGAGGAGACAUUUUGCCUAGAUAUGCUAUGUCGUGAUUGUAUUAAAAAGUGUGCUUCCUCUUCUAAGGGCACCAUUAUUUGUAAAGAGACAAGAUACAAGUUAUGCUUUUGUGGCUAGUGGAGAGGACAUGUUGAGCUUCUUAUCAGAAAAAGGAUAAAAGAGAAAGGGAAAAAAGAGCUAUUGAGAGGACCUAUGGACUAGAAUCUGCAUGAUUUGCUGUCCAGAUAAUUAGCGCAAACAUUACGGACAGCCAUUGACCCAGUGCUAGGAUUUUCAAGCUGUAAAAUAUAUGGCCACUGUGAAUGGUAUUGGCAUUUUGCAACUUGCUACUGCUGUCUGAGGUGCUGGUUUGUGUUUGGUUGCUGAAAUGGGGAAACAACAAAAAUAAGAAGGAAAAAAAAAAGGAAAAGGAGUCAUACUAGUAAAGAAAUGAGGUGGUUGAAAAAAGAAGAAAUGGAGACUUCACUGGGGAAUGUCUUUAAAAACCAACUGCUGAUAUAGUUAUUUGAAUAUUGUUGGAUUAUGAAUCAAGGUUGCAGUAUGUGAUAAUGGAACUGGAGUUUUUGGCUGUGUUGUAGUUGACCAUGGCUUUGGCUUCGGCUUCGAGGACACUUAGUUGAAUAUGAUGGAAAACAAAAACUGCAUACAUUUAUGAAUGCAAUGUUCAACAGAGAUUGAGUUGUGUUGUGAUGCAGGAACUGAAUAUGGUGGGAAAAAGAAAGGAAAAGAUGUGUAGUAUGCGAAUGCUGGUUUAACAGAGAUUGAGUCGUCUUGUGUUGCAGGAGUUGUUCAGGGUGGAAAAAAAAAAAAAUGUCUGGUUUGUUUUAUUAGAGACAAGUGAAGAGUGGUUUGAUUGUAGUCUGACAUUCUUGCUUAUUGCUAUUGCUCUAUAAUCUAAAAAUCUCUCUUUAAAUCA